CUGGCGUAAGAGUUGACGUUUAGUGCCAUGACAGAUCGUACAGGUGUGGUGUAACUUGCACGCGGGAUCCCGCCUUGUUUGCAGUGUUGAGGUUGAACCUGCAGGACCAUGACUGAGGUGCUGGGACAGAGGAGCUUGCUGGGCUUUGGCGUGGUGCUGGCAUGGCUGGUGUUGUUCCACCUCCUGGUCAACAUCUGGCUUCUGUGCGUGUUCACCAGUCUGCUGGUGGUGCUGGGUGGCUGGCUCGGCUCGCAGGCCAUCCUGAAGUCCAGUAACGUGCUUCACUUAGAGAGGUUCAUCACCCUGGAACAGUCUCCACAGUCAAAAGAUGAUGAGCUUCACUUAGACCUGGAGAUCCACAACACGGUGAAGAAGAUCAUCAGGGACUUCGUUACCUCCUGGUACUGCACCGUAUCCACGGAAAGUGGCUUUGAAAUGGAAGUCCAAGACGCGAUGAUCUCCAUGGCCAUGGAGCUGAAAGUUCGGGCGAAACGCAUCGACAGGAAGGAACUGACGCAGAAGGUCCUGAACCUGUUUGGUGGCCACCUGCAGGACUUCCUCCGAGCCCAGCAGCAGGGGACAGGAGUGCCCUGCACUGGGAGCGGGCAGCUGUGGAGAGCAUACUCCAGCAUCACCACACCCCACCGAGCCACCCGGAGCCAUGUGCUGGAAGUCAGCUACGUCAGAGCACUCAUUAAUUUGUUGCUUCACAUUUUGGUGCCUUGGCCUUAUUUAGAAACCCGCACCGGACGGUUUGUUGUUGGAGAGCUCAUCACCUGCAACGUCCUGCUCCCUCUCAUUGCCAAACUCUCUGAUCCUGAUUGGUUGAACCUCCUCAUCAUUGAAAUAUUAGAUAAAUCGGCCAUUCAGCAGGAGACAGUCGCAGCAGAGCCACUGAUGUCCUCCCAGCCUCCUCCUGCUGAACCCGAGACCUAUCUGGCUCAAUGCGCAACAAAUACGCCUCAAACGAGGAGUGAGGCUCCUCUACAGAGAGCCGAGUCGGAGCCGAUCAAUGACUCGGACCUGGCCAUGCAUGAGCACGUUACCUACGAUGUUACUGACUCAGAGGAGGUGGAGUUUACUCACAGUCUUCCUGAAGAAGACGAGACAACUCGACCCUUUUUAAGGCAUUACAUGAGAGGUAACAAGUCAAACCCAUUCUACCAGGACAACAACUUGGACCUGGACUCUCCUUUGGCUGAACCAGCUUCCAUUGAUUCCCUGGUCCUGAUUGGUCCAGAGGAGAAUUUGUAUCUCAGGCAGACAGGAUGUGCCACCGCUGCUGAGAGCAACAAUGGCGUGGACAUGGAGGAUGUUUGCCCCAGUCCGCUGGAUGGCUCAUGCCCUAAAGUCCUGGUGAACUCGGAACUAGUGGAGCUUCGUAAUGGCAGUAGGACGCCACCAGGUAGGAGAGCAGAGGGGACGGACGGUUUUAGCACCCUCCAGCAGCUGGACAGAGAGAGUGGUUCUCCUGCAGCCAACCCAAACAAAGAGCUUGUCUUGGGUGUAGAGCAGACUGUGAUGGGGAAUCCCAACGAGCUGAUUGUGGGCAGCCCCUUGCAGGGCUGCUCCCCCAUGCCGACGUUCAGCUUUGAGCCCCUCAGCAGCCCAGAAGGACCUGUCAUCAUCCAGAACCUCCGCAUCACUGGUACCAUAACGGCUAAGGAGCACCGCGGCACCGGCUCACACCCCUACACACUUUACACCAUCAAAUACGAGACGUCAGUGGGUUGUGAGAACCCAGGAAGUGUCCCGCCGGGUUGUGAGGAUGCAGAAGUCACACAGACGGGCUGUGAGAAUCCGUCCCCCCUUCAGCCCGUAGCCUAUCACAUGGUCAACAGGCGCUACAGCGAGUUCCUCAACCUGCAGACUCGGCUGGAAGAGAAAAACGAUCUUCGGAAACUCGUCAAAGGUGUGAAAGGUCCAAAGAAAAUCUUUCCUGACAUGCCGUUUGGAAACAUGGACAGUGACAAGAUAGAGGCCAGGAAAGGACUGCUGGAGACCUUCCUAAAGCAACUGUGUGCCAUCUCUGAAAUAGCCAACAGUGAGGAGAUGCAGGAGUUCCUCGCUCUCAAUACCGACGCCAGGAUCGCCUUCGUGAAGAAACCCUUCAUUGUGUCGCGCAUAGACAAGAUUGUAGUGAAUGCCAUUGUGGACACCCUGAAGACGGCCUUUCCUCGCUCAGAGCCUCAGAGCCCCACAGAGGAAAACGAAUUGGAGGUGGAUGGAGCAAAGCUCAGCACAGACAAGAAGAGCAAGUCUCGUCUGAAGCUUUCCAGUAAAAACAUGCCGUUUUUAAAUGGUUCAGACAUCAGACCACCAGUUUUAUUCAGUUUGGAUCAAUCAAGCACAGUGUUUAGUGGGAUGUCUCUGAGAGAUUUACAAGCCUUCAUCAGUGAACAGGAAAAGCUGUCCAUCAGAGCCGAGGCCGAGAUGGAAGACAGUCCAGGAUUAUUACCGUACAGAAGCUUUGUGAGUGACAAUAUGAGGAGAAAACAGAGUCAGGAACUCGGCACAACAGAUGAGAUGAUGCUAGCUGAGGUGUUCCUGAACAUCCUGUGUCUGCUGAUGAAGGAGCAGUGGAGCUGGCUAUGUUCUGAAAACAUCCACAGGACCAUCAGGCUGCUGUUUGGAACCCUUAUCAACAGAUGGCUGGAUGUGAGUGUAGCCAACCUGACAUGUACCAGGUACUGGGUGGCAUAUCUUCAGGUCAUCCAGGAGGCUGUGUGGCCAGGAGGAGCUCUGCCUAGCGCCCCUCAGCCCCAGCGCAGCCAGCAAGAGAAGGACCACACCAAACAACGAGCCUUAGACUGUCUGAUGGGAGUUCUACCAGAUCUGGUGUCAGACAUGUUGGGCGCAGAUAAGUACAAACUCAGCUGGCAGACAGCUCUGGACUCUCUGCAAGACCCCCGCAUCAACAGACACCUGGUCUACUGCCUGUUUGAUCUUCUGCUGGACUUCCUGGUUCCGGAGAUGCCGGAGGAGGACUUCCAAAGAAGCCUUCUACAGACCCUUUCCAAGAACCCUGAGAGGCUGCUGGCAUAAGAAGAGGACCCUGAGGACCCGGUCCAAACGCAGCAUCCUUCAGCGUUGCCAGCAUCCCCAUCCCCUGUCCUCACUUCAAACCCCUGAGGUCUGUCAGGCUCUGUCUCUGAUUACGGGCUAACAUGUGACAUGCGAUGCUCAUGAACACGGCAUCCUGGCCUCACACACAAACACACUACUUUGAUUACAGGAGCACCUGGUUUGUGUUUGAUCUCAGAACAUGUCUGAUGUGCUGUUCAGACCGAAACAUGUGGCAAAGCCUUCUUCCACAUCUCGCCUCAUCCUGCCCACUAAACUCCUCGGCUUUAGCUAAACUCACAUCAGAUGGUCUGUUGCCUUCAGCACACUGGGGGGAAAAAUCCCCUUCCUGUUGCUCUAAUCUGGAGAGUCAGAAUGAGCUUUUUUGCCCUCAGGUAAAUCUCAUAGGUCCCUGUUGGGAUCUGGUUUUACAGUCUCUUCAGCAUCCCACCAGCUCUGCACAGACCCACACAUGUGAUUUUUACAUAAUGCGAACUACACUCCAUAAAUCUGAGCCUUCCUGAGAGAUUUAGGCUGCUAGUGUCCAGGUGCAGCAAAAGUUCACACCAUGAUGUGUUUUAGGCCAAUCCACGAAAUAUUUUACUGGUUUCAUACGUCAGAGUUGUGGUUAAAGUCUAGGAGCUGUGCUGGCGGAGGUCCAUAUUAAAAUGGUCUCGGCACAGAAA